UAUCUUACUUGGCAGUCGUGCGAAUUUAGUUGCUACGGGUUUGCAGAACGAACGGCAGCAACAUGAAGUCCAAAGGCACAACAUUGAUCUUCCUUUUCAUCGGCAUCGCAGGAUUCUUUUCUCAAAUUGGAAGUGCCAAAAAAGAAACUGGGGCAGAAUCUUUUAGGCUGGACAAAUGUAUAAUUUUGUAUGAUCGUCUGAACAUUGUUUACGCGGAGACCGGCACUUACUUGUACACUUCUCAAUACUUGACAUGGGCCGAUGCUGAUAAAUAUUGCAAGGGUCUCGGCCUCCAGUUGGCCACAACGGACACCAAACUGAAAACAAAGGUUAUUUUUGAAGAAACACCUGAUAAAUUUAAAAACGAAACGGCUCGCUUUUGGACCAGCGGAUCAGACAAGGGCCGCAAACCUGGCAAAUUCUUUUGGUCUAAUGGAAACGCCCUAGACCAGUCCCUUUGGCUUGCUGACCAACCGAAAAACGUCAAUGACAAGGAGCCGUCGUGCAUCACCCUUCGCAAGGGUGGGCUGGGCGACUGCCCUUGCAGUGUGCGCAGGAGGACCGUUUGCGAACUUCUAGAUUAAUAUGGUCAACAUCUUUCUGAGUGACGAAAACUAAAAAUAAAUAAUUCGAAUAUAAUAAAUUUACUACAGUUUUUUAUUAAA